AUGGAACGCCGCCUACACCCGCUCCAGCUGCAACGCCACGCCAGACGUCUGUUAUACGCCUCCCUCUCCCACUGCUCCAACACCGACUUGCGCGCCGCCUCUACCCUCCACGACUGCCUCUCCAACCUCGACAACGCCGCGGAGGAGAUUUGCGGCUCCUUGAAGCAGAUGCGGCAACGAGGCGCGACGAGGGCGUCGGGGGAGGCGUUCCGCUUCCAGAUGAGCAACGUGCAGACGUGGAUGAGUGUCGCGCUGACGAACGAGGAGACCUGCACGAAAGGCGUCCAGGGCGUCGGGGGAGGCAUGGCGGUGUACGCCCGUGCCGCAGAGGCGAAGAAUUACACCAGCAUUGCGCUUGCGUUGGCUAAACGGAGGCCAAGAACAUAUAAUUUAUUAAUUUUUUAUUAA